AUGCCGACAAUCGCAGUCGACAAGGCCGACCUCUGGGAGCGUCUAGGGCAGGAAUACACGACAGAAGAGUUCGAUAGACUAUGUUUCGACUAUGGCUUAGAACUAGACGAAGAUACAACAGAAGAGGUGGAGGAGGCGAUCAAGAAAGGCUUGCCCGCUGAACGCCUUCAACUGAAAAUCGAAGUGCCAGCGAACAGAUACGAUCUUCUCUGCAUCGAGGGCAUAGCUCGGGCUCUGAGUAUCUUCACCGAAAAAGCUCAAACUCCGACUUACAAGCUCGUAUACCCGCCUGGAGGGGAGGAUGAUCUUCUGACUGUCAAAAUUGAUCCAGAGACAUCGAAAAUCAGACCUCUCUUCGCCUGUGCGAUCCUGCGAAAUAUCAAGUUCACACCGCGAUCAUACGCCUCGUUCAUCGAAUUGCAAGAUAAGCUUCAUCAAAACAUCUGUAGACGCCGGCAGCUGGUCGCGAUCGGAACGCAUGAUUUAGACACACUGACACCUCCAUUCCGCUAUGAAGCUCGGCCACCCAAAGACAUCAAGUUCGCACCGCUGGGGAAGACUCAGGCGUACACCGCCGAGGAGCUGAUGACGAUAUAUGAGUCGGAAAAACACCUCGCGCGAUACCUCCAUAUUAUUCGCGAUUCUCCCGUCUAUCCAAUUAUCUAUGAUUCGAAAGAUCAGGUUCUCUCCAUGCCUCCGAUCAUCAAUUCGGAGCACAGCAAGAUUACUUUAAAUACCAGGAACGUCUUCAUAGAUGUCACCGCGACUGACCAGACCAAACUCGACAUCGUCGUUAACAUCGUCUCUACGAUGUUCGCUGAGUACUGCGUGGAGCCCUUCACCAUCGAGCCCGUUAGAAUCAUCAUGCCAAAUGGAAAGAGCCGCAUUUCACCGGACCUCUCUGGACGACGGAUGAUUGCGCGAGCAUCCUACGUGAAUUCAUGCACUGGCCUCAAGCUUUCUGCGAAAGAAGUGGCCACUCUCCUGCAACGCAUGGCUCUAUCGACGUCGGUGUCGACUUCCAACCCCGACGAGAUCCAUGUGCGUGUGCCUCCGACAAGACCAGACAUUUUGCACGAAUGCGACAUCAUGGAAGACGCGGCCAUUGCAUAUGGCUUCAACAAACUUCCAGACAAAUUCCCGGCUACGAGCACCGUGGCUCAGCCCCUGGCGAUCAGCAAGCUCAGCGACGUGAUCCGCAGCGAGUGGGCCUUCGCAGGCUGGGCAGAGGUGCUACCUCUCAUCCUCUGCUCACAUGAGGAGAACUUCGAGUGGCUGAACCACGAAGACGACAACAACACCGCCGUCAAGAUCGCCAACCCCAAGACGCUCGAAUUCCAGGUCGUACGAACGACCUUGAUCCCUGGUCUGCUAAAGACGAUCCGGGAGAACCGCUCGCAUUCACUGCCCCUCAAGAUCUUCGAGACGUCGGACGUUGUUUUCAAAGAUACCAGACGAGAGCGUCAGGCACGCAACGAGCGUCAUGCGGCGGCUGUAUGGUGUAACAAGACUGCUGGUUUCGAGAUCGUUCAUGGCCUGCUGGACCGGGCCAUGAAGAUGCUCGAGGUUCCUCGUAUCGGAUGCGAAGACUUCAAGGCGUCUACCGGGUAUUACAUCAAAGAAACGAGCGAUCCUAUGUACUUCCCUGGUCGAGCAGCGAACAUAUUCUACCGCCCGCCACCUGAAAAGCAUGGCAAGCUUUCGUCGAUCAAGCAAAGUGUUGAGUCUGCCCUGCGCAUCAGCCACGACCUCACCAUCGGUUCGCUUGGGAUCCUCCAUCCGACAGUGCUGGAGAAAUUCGAGAUCGGCUUCCCGUGCUCGGCUCUCGAGUUUUCACUGGAGCCGUUCAAGAAGCAGACCCAGAAGGUGUGGACAAACGACGACUAG